AAUCAUCCAAUCAGGUCCGGGGAUAGCCGACGCCAUAGUCCAGCACAUGUUUGGGCUCGCAUCGUGCCCUGAGGAUUCACCUGAGGCGUCAUAUCAGGCGCAUGCGCUCGUCGCGUACCGGUCGUUGCUCAGGCAGAUGCAUGGCGACGUGCAUUACUUGCGGCAGCCCAAUAAGUGUUACUUCCAGGUCUCUUUAGAGCUCCCCUGUGCUCCCCGUGGUUGAGUAUGGUGCUUUAGGCAAUUGUGUGUGUGUGUGGGUGUAUUUAAUAAGGUAUUUAUAGCAUAAUAAGUGUGGCGUGGUAGGCAUUUUGUUGUGGCUUUGUGUUUGUGUGAGGUACCGUUGUCGAGUAUCAUGUGGUUGUAAGGCUGAAGGGUUUGGUGAAAUGCUUCUAAUUAGUGAAUUCGGCUGAGGUUGAAGACAUCUAAGUAUUACACUAAUUUCUGGCAAUCCGCUAAUUGGUUCGUAGAAUGCCCAUGUACACGUCAUGGUCUAUACAUCGGAGGAUGCAAUGAGGUUGCUUGGGUGCUGGCUAAGGAAGUGGUCACGGGUGUCAAACAUGUAUUAUUGAUCAUGUUUGUAUAGACUGUAUAGGGUA